CAACAAGGCUGCGCAGGCGCAUUACCGCGCACAUGUGUACUUGUGACGCCAUCAUAGCGCGUCGGGGUUUUCUGUAAGACAUGAGGGAAGCAGCGUGUAAUUAACAGUUGUGUGGAAUGUUUUUUUACAUGUUGUCAUGGAAACACAACGUGGAACUCAGUCAACUGACAGUGUUAUAGAGGGCAAUCAUUUUCCUAUUUGUGAACCAGAAAUUAUGGACAACUGCAUAUAUUCUGUAGUUAAUGAUGGCUUUGAUAUUGCCUCACAAUCAGCUGAAAAAAUACACCAAAAUGACAGUUUUUCAAAUACUGAUGAACAGGAGAAAGUUGUUGCUCCCGAGUUGGAAAUAUCUGAAGCUGUGGGUACAACUGCCUUGGAUCAAAAUUCAACAUGUCAUCAAGACCAAGAAGAACGUAUGGAAGUGACUGUUCAGUUGGAAAGCCUUAAUUUUAAAAACAAUUGCACAGAUACCAAUAAUUCUAUGGAGAAGGAAAUAGCAGCAGAAAUGAGUUGCAAACAAGUCUCUGAUGGGGAGAAUGAUCAAACAGCAGAAGAUAAUGAUGAAACAAAAGAAAACUCUUCUGAGGACUCUAGUUCUGAUAGUGAUACUGACUCUGAUUCAUCAUCAUCCUCAUCAUCAUCUUCCUCAAUACUUCUUCCUAUAGAAGAAGAAGAGCCAACUGUAAAUAAUGAUGUUCCUUUAAAAACAAAGGAUGAACUCCUACUCAAUGAACUGCCUGCAGUUGAAGAGCUCUCCAUUAUUUUACCCGAAGAUGUAGAACUGAAGCCUUUUGGAAUGGUCGCAAGCAUUGUUGAACAACUUGUAAUCAUUGAAUCUAUGAAAGAUGUUCCCCCUCUUAAUGAAGACAGUGUGAUUUUUAAUGAAGGUCGAAAUUCUGUUGGGAAGAUAUUUGAAAUAUUUGGACCAGUUCCACAUCCAUUUUAUGUGAUUCGCUUUAAUGAAAAAGGCCAAAUUGAAAACAGGGGUAUCAAGAUAAAAGACACAAUGUUUUUUGCACCCACGGUUAAAGACUUUACUCAGUAUAUAAUACCGGAUAAGUUACAAAUACAAAAAGGUUCUGAUGCUUCGUGGACAAAUGACCAGGAGCCGCCAGCAGAUGCUUUAGAUUACAGUGAUGAUGAGAAGGAGAGAGAAGCAAAGCACAAGAAAAAAGCACACAAUUCAGCAAAGAAGAAAACCCAGUCCGAGCAGGAUGAAAAUUCGAGCAGCGUCCAUGAACAGAACCAGAAUUACAGGGGGCAGAGUGUUACAAGGCCACCUGCAAGACAUAAUUAUGUACCACGAUUCUCUAGAGGAAGAGCUGCACAUCUACAGAACAAUGGCUUUGGACAGCAUCCUAGAACAUAUUUCCAACCUGGUUUUCCUAAUCAGCAUCUGAUGAAUCAUCCCUAUCCCUUUCACAAUAUGCAGUCUCAAGAAUAUUCUUCAGCAUUGCCAAGUAAUGGACAUGGUGCUCCUGUUGCACCUUACUUCAGUUCUCAGUAUGGACAUGUUCACCCAUUCUCCGUUCCACCUCCACCACCUCCCUCAAAUAUGAUUUGGCCAGAACAAAACAAUCAUCUUCAUUUUAUGCAGAAUUCACCAUUUUAUGCUCCUCCUCCUCCUCCCCCCCCUCCUCCUCCACCUCCUGGAAAUCCUAAUCAGUCUUCAUUUGGUCCUAAUUUCAACUGACCUUAUAUGGCCCUUUCAGACACCACUUAAAGAUAUUGCAUUUGUUCUGCUAGGCCAUAGCAAAUGUAGUUUUGGGUUUCAUAAUUUCCGAUUUUUAUUCCUAAAUUUAUGGUGCAAAAAGAAUGGAAGUAUAAUUUUUCCCAUUUGAAUGCUAGAUAGUAGAGUUGCACCCAACUAUAGGAUUCAGUUGGUGAUUUGGCCAAAUCCCAGCACCUUUUGAGGGAUUCAUACAUACCUUACUUAACCUGUGGCUAUAGAAACAAAAUAUGCCAAAUAUUUGGUCACAGAUAAUGCAAUUUGUCCAAUUUUUGAAAGUACAGAUUAUGGGUUGGGUAUGGUAUGGUAUUUGGCCAAAUCCAGAAAUCGUGAAUCCCUAUUUUUGCUACUAUACAGUAUAAUUCAAAAAUUGAUUUAAGUUUUAUUUUUCCAGUUCACUUGUGUUAAAAUUACCUUUGGGUAUUGUAUUUCUGUAUAUUAAAUGAUGUUCCUAAAUUACUUAUGAUCAUAUAUGAAAUCUGUGUUGCAUAGCAAGUUUGUUGUCUUUUGUUUUCAUUUUUUUUAUAAACUUCGUAAAGAACUUGCAAAAAAAAAAUGAAUCUAAUAUAUACAUUUUGUUAACUGUAAACCAUCAUUUUUUAUUUGUAAUAAAAGGUACAUCAUCAUGACUA